AUGUGGUCUCGAUGGCCCCGUUGGCUUUGGUGUCUGCUGUGGCUGACGAGCCUGACGGCUGCGAAAGGCAAAGGCGAAGCACAGCACGCAACCUCCGCGACCGGCGUGGCCGCAGCGACGACUACUACUUGGACUGACCGGACCACGGCCCAACCAAGGGAUGUGGAUCCAGCGUGGUUGGACGCAGCCUGGCACGGUACGUCGUGGAGCGAUUGCACCGCGUGUAGCUAUGGGCAUGUGCAAAUCCGGGAAGUUCAGUGUCUCAGCAUUUUCGAGAUGGCGGUCUUGUCAGAGGAUCAUUGUAUGAACACGGGGAAGCCACCCGAGACGCAGGUUUGCAGCUGUGAUGAGAUCAGUUGCAUUGGGGACAGCACCUUGUGCCCUGCCAAAAAGGCAGAUUGGUUUGAGCCCGAGUCACCCUACACGGAGCUAGGAUGCUUCAAUCUCUUGAAAUCUCACUACAAGGCCGCAAAGCACGGUCACAGCAAAGGAGCUGAUUUUCGCGACCUGAGCUGCCAGAAGCACAAAGGCACUGGACCGUGCAAGAGUGGCUUGCCGUUCUACUCAGUGACUUCCAACGCCAUGUCCCCAUCUCUGUGCUUCUCCUUUUGCACCAGUAAGGGUCUUGAUAUCUUCGGCUUGGUGAAGGGUGCGGAGUGCCGCUGUGGCUUUUCGGCGAUCAACAGGAACGCUCGACUGAGGGGGCCUCUUGAGCCUGCCCUCCAAUUCUUGGCCACGCGCUUGACACCUCAUCGCUCAGUGAAAGGUGUAUGUCCUCUGCGCGUUUUUCGCUACUCCGGCUAUUUCGAAGCGGGUGGACUUCCCAGUUCGCUCGUGAAGCUGACGGACGUUGACACCAGCUACUUCCGCCGCAUCUUCCAUGGAUGGAACCAUUUCCCGCCGGAGAACGACGUGUGGUAUGCCACGCAUCCUCCAACUCCGAAACCGCAUGGAGGCCCGGCCAAGGUCGAUUUCAGCCAUCGCAAGAACGCCAACGGCAACGAUCCCUGGGACCGUUCCUGCUAUCCUGACAACUGCGGCCCUGGAGGUGGGCCCUGGCCCAAGCGUGACCCCUACGCACCCAAAGGAGUGUAUGAUCAAUUUCAACUCUACUGUCCUAUUCCAUACUUUUUCACGGACAAGAUCGAUGAUGCUCGCAAGGAAGUCUUCCGACACGCGGUGCGGACUUGGCAUGAACUGACCUGCGUGGUGUUGAUCGAAUAUGAGGAGGCUGAAAUUACCGAUUCCCUGGGUCCCUACAUCGAGGCAGACCUCUGGGCCAUUGGGGAAAUGGAUCGUAAACUUGACUGGAGGAGAGGAGCCUGUGGCUCCUGGGCCCAUUGUAGGGCCGACGGCCGACAGAGCCCGAAGAAGCUCCGGAAGGAGGAGCAGAGGCCACAGAAGCGGCAGAGCCCGAAGAAGCGGGCGACGGGUCGGAAGAGCCGGAGGAAGCUCCUGGAGGAGGAGCCAGUAGACCGGAGAGAGUCUACGAACUUGGGAUUGCGCCAAGGAGAGGUCCAUUCCCAAAGGCAACCACCGCAAGUCCGCAAGUGGGCUGGUGCAUACCUAUACUCGACGGUGGCACGGAUCGACAAGGCCGAAGAAGAGGAAAGAAAAAGAAUCUAUAGAGAGAAAGGCGAGGAAAGAGCCAAAGGAAAAGGAGCCAAAGGAGAUAAAGGAACCGAAGUGAAGGGGCAAGCUGAGGAGUGGCUUGCGGAGAACCCCAAUCGCCGCUGGAGGAGCGCAGAAGCACUCCAGAGAAAGAAAGACAAGAGAGCCAAGGGCAAAGGAACCGGAAAGAAAGGAGAAGGGAAGCCCGUAGUGCCGCCGCGACCAGGGAACGGUCUAGGAGCCGAGACGAUCCACCGAGAUCGGAAGGAAAAGGGUCCGCAACACCAAAGGCGGUGGCCGGACGUGCUAGGAUCCAACUAUCGACAGCGAAGUGCUGCAGCUCAAGAAGCCGUUGCACACAGGCACGUGCACGGGGCACUGUCUUGUAGCAAAAUCUCAAGCAAAAGCAAGAGCACGGAGAAGAGUCCCGGUGGCAUUGAGACAUCGACGACAAAAAGACCACCAGGAGCAUCUGAACGGUCGCAAGAGACCGAACCAGAGGCAGAAGGACCACCACCUACACAUAAAGCACCACAGGUUGCUGCCUACGCCGGUUCUCCAAGCCCGGGGGAACUUGAGCGGGCGAGGAAACAGGACGAAGAACGUCAUCAGCGCAGGCAAGCAGAGGCCGCAGGACCACCAGCCAAGGCUGGAGAGAGGAUCUACCAUAUCGGCCGGAACCUGACGCUAGUGAAUCCAACUCCAGAUCAGUUGGAACAAGCUCAACGGAAGUUUGAGCAGGAAGAAGCCCUUAGACAAAGGCAGAGGGAGGCCGAAGACAAAGCGGCCCGAGAGGAAAGAAAAGAGAAGAGAACCCUUGAGGAAAAGGCUGAACGGUCAAGGAAGAAGCCGAAGACCGAAGCCGCACCAGAACCAAAAGCGGCUGAGGCGAAGCCAAAGCCGAAGAAAGAACAUCCAUCAGACAGUGAGUAUACGUACACGGACACGUACGUGUGGGAAUCUGAAGAAGAAGAAGAAGCGGCGGAGCACGACGCCGUUGUGGACUUCUUCUGA